GCGCGGGUGUAGGGGGUAGUGCAGGGGCCGCCAGGCCGGGCCGGUGGAGACUCCAGCUCCUUCCUGAACCCGCCACAUCUGCGCUUCGAGGUCCCGAGCCCCCACGCCGGGGCUGAGCGGUGGGCGCGGCGCGAGGACGAAUUUUGUGAUAUUCUUCCUUGGCAUAUCUCCACCGUUUCUUGAAAACCUUGACCAAAGCUACUCACAGCUGUGGGCAUCAUCCUGAGAAAAGGACAAGUUUGAUAAUCAGAACAAUGCUAAGAACACUUUUGGCUUAAAGAACUCAAAAAGGAACACCUUCAGAUAAGACCUUCUUUAAAGCUCCCUGCGUGAAAAUUAUUUAAACGUUGCACACAAAGCUCUUGUGAAAGAAGAAAAGGAAAAUCAGUUUGUGUGUCUCAGCAGGAGUUAAGCUAAUGCAGCUUAAAAUAAUGCCAAAAAAGAAAUGCUUAUCUGCAGGCAGAAUGCUCCUGAUUCUCUUCCUGAGCCAGAUGAUUAGUGCACUGGAAGUACCUCUUGAUUCAAAACUUCUUGAAGACUUGGUACAACCUCCAACCAUUACUCAGCAGUCUCCGAAAGAUUAUAUUAUUGACCCUCGGGAGAAUAUCGUAAUCCAGUGUGAAGCCAAAGGGAAACCUCCUCCCAGCUUUUCCUGGACCCGAAAUGGUACUCAUUUUGACAUAGAUAAAGAUCCUCUUGUCACCAUGAAACCUGGCUCAGGAACCCUUACAAUCAACAUCAUGACAGAAGGAAAAGCAGAGACUUAUGAAGGAGUUUACCAGUGUACAGCCAGAAAUGAACGUGGAGCAGCAAUUUCUAACAACAUUAUCAUCCGACCAUCCAGGUCACCACUGUGGACCAAAGAAAAACUGGAACCAAUAAUACUUAGAAAUGGCCACUCUUUAGUACUUCCCUGCAGACCUCCCAUUGGAUUACCACCACCCAUAAUAUUCUGGAUGGAUAAUUCCUUUCAAAGACUUCCACAAAGUGAGAGGGUUUCCCAAGGUCUAAAUGGAGACCUUUAUUUUUCCAAUGUUCUCCCAGAGGAUACCCGUGAAGACUACAUCUGUUAUGCCAGAUUUAAUCACACUCAAACCAUACAACAGAAGCAGCCUAUUUCUGUGAAGGUGUUUUCAGUGGAUGAAUUGAAUGACACUAUAGCUGCUAAUUUGAGUGACACUGAGUUUUAUGGUGCUAAAUCAUACAGAGAGAGGCCACCAACAUUUUUAACUCCAGAAGGCAAUGCAAGUAACAAAGAGGAAUUGAGAGGAAAUGUUCUUUCACUAGAGUGCAUUGCAGAAGGACUACCUACCCCAGUUAUUUACUGGAUAAAAGAAGAUGGAACACUGCCCAUCAACCGGACAUUUUAUAGAAAUUUUAAGAAAACUCUGCAGAUCAUUCAGGUUUCAGAAGCUGACUCUGGAAAUUACCAGUGUAUAGCAAAAAAUGCAUUAGGAGCAAUCCAUCAUACCAUUUCUGUCACAGUUAAAGCGGCGCCGUACUGGAUCAUGGCACCUCAAAAUCUUGUGUUGUCCCCAGGAGAGGAUGGAACCCUGAUUUGCAGAGCUAAUGGCAAACCCAAGCCCAGAAUCAGCUGGUUAUCAAAUGGAGUCCCAGUAGAAAUUGCUCCUGAUGACCCUAGCAGAAAAAUUGAUGGUGAUACCAUCAUUUUUUCAAAUGUUCAAGAAAGAUCAAGUGCAGUGUAUCAGUGCAAUGCUUCUAAUGAAUAUGGAUAUUUACUGGCAAAUGCAUUUGUAAAUGUCCUUGCUGAGCCACCACGAAUCCUUACGUCUGUAAAUACACUCUACCAGGUCAUUGCAAAUAGACCUGCUUUGCUAGAUUGUGCCUUUUUUGGGUCUCCUCUGCCUACCAUUGAAUGGUUUAAAGGAGCUAAAGGCAGUGCUCUUCGUGAAGAUAUUUAUGUUUUACAUGAAAAUGGAACUUUGGAAAUCCCUGUGGCUCAGAAGGACAGUACAGGAACUUAUACAUGUGUUGCACGAAAUAAAUUAGGAAUGGCAAAGAAUGAAGUUCGCUUAGAAAUCAAAGAUCCCACAAGAAUCAUUAAACAUCCUGAAUAUGCAGUUGUGCAAAGAGGGAACACUGUGUCCUUUGAAUGCAAAGUGAAACAUGAUGAGACCUUAAUCCCCACUGUCACAUGGCUGAAGGACAGUGGUGAACUGCCCAAUGAUGGAAGGUUCCAUGUUAACCAGGAUCACUUGGUGAUAACUGAUGUAAAUGACGAUGAUGGUGGAACCUACACAUGUGUGGCCAACACCACUCUGGAUAUUGUAUCUGCCAGUGCUGUGCUAAAUGUUGUCGCUCCCACUCCAACUCCAGCUCCCACUUACGAUGUUCCAAAUGCUCCCUUUGAUUUAGAACUGACAGAUCAACUGGAUAAAACUGUUCAGUUGUCAUGGACCCCAGGAGACGACAACAAUAGCCCUAUUACAAAAUUUAUCAUUGAAUAUGAAGAUGCAAUGCAUGAAGCAGGGCUGUGGCACCACCAAACUGAAGUCUCUGGAACACAGACCACAGCCCAGCUAAAGCUGUCACCUUAUGUGAACUAUUCCUUCAGAGUCAUGGCAGUGAACAGCCUUGGAAGGAGCUUGCCCAGUGAGCCAUCUGAACAAUAUUUGACUAAGGCUGCAGAACCAGAUCAAAAUCCCAGCUUUGUGGAAGGACUAGGAUCAGAACCUGACAAUUUGGUGAUUACAUGGAAGCCCUUGAAUGGGUUUGAAUCCAAUGGACCAGGCCUUCAGUACAAAGUUAGCUGGCGCCAGAAAGAUGGUGAUGAUGAAUGGACAUCUGUGGUAGUGGCAAAUGUAUCUAAAUAUAUUGUCUCAGGCACACCAACUUUUGUUCCAUACCUGAUAAAAGUCCAGGCCCUGAAUGAUGCAGGAUUUGCUCCAGAGCCAGCUGUCAUCAUGGGACACUCUGGGGAAGACCUUCCCAUGGUAGCUCCUGGAAAUGUGCAGGUGAAUGUGGUGAACAGCACUUUAGCUGAAGUGCACUGGGACCCAGUACCUCUGAAAAGUAUCCGAGGACAUCUGCAAGGCUAUCGGAUUUAUUAUUGGAAGGAACAAAAUACAUCUCAAAGAAACAGACGCCACAUUGAGAAAAAGAUCCUCACUUUCCAAGGCAGCAAGACUCAUGGCAUGCUGCCUGGGCUGGAGCCCUUCAGCCACUACACACUGAACGUCCGAGUGGUCAAUGGAAAAGGGGAGGGCCCAGCCAGCCCCGACAGAGUCUUUAAUACUCCGGAAGGAGUCCCUAGUGCUCCAUCUUCACUGAAGAUUGUUAAUCCAACACUAGACUCUCUCACUUUGGAAUGGGAUCCACCAAGUCACCCGAAUGGCAUUUUGACUGAGUACACAUUAAAGUAUCAGCCAAUUAACAACACACAUGAAUUAGGCCCUCUGGUUGAUCUGAAAAUUCCUGCCAACAAAACACGCUGGACUUUAAAAAAUUUAAAUUUCAGUACUAGAUAUAAGUUUUAUUUACAUGCCCAGACAUCUGCAGGAUCAGGAAACCAAAUAACAGAAGAAGCAGUAACAACAGUGGAUGAAGCUGGUAUACCACCUGAUGUAGGUGCAGGCAAAGAGAUGUUAAUGAAUCCUAAGCUUUCCAAUCUUACUAUCACAGCUGCUGAUACCUCUGCCAAUAUCAGUUGGAAAUAUGAGGGACCAGAGCAUGUGAACUUUUAUAUUGAAUAUGGUGUAGUUGGCAGCAAAGAAGAAUGGAGGAAAGAAAUUGUAAAUGGUUCUCAAAGCUUCUUUGGGUUAAAGGGUCUAAUGCCAGGAACAGCAUACAAAGUUCGAGUUGGUGCUGACGGGGACUCUGGUUUUGUGAGUUCAGAGGAUGUAUUUGAGACAGGUCCAGCAAUGGCAAGCCGUCAAGUGGAUAUUGCAACUCAGGGCUGGUUCAUUGGCCUAAUGUGUGCUGUUGCUCUCCUAAUCUUAAUUUUGCUGAUUGUUUGCUUCAUUAGAAGAAACAAGGGUGGUAAAUAUCCGGUUAAAGAAAAGGAAGAUGCUCAUGCUGACCCUGAAAUCCAGCCUAUGAAGGAAGAUGAUGGCACCUUUGGGGAGUACAGUGAUGCAGAAGACCACAAGCCUUUAAAAAAAGGCAGCAGGACACCUUCAGACAGGACUGUGAAAAAGGAAGAUAGUGAUGACAGCCUAGUGGACUAUGGAGAAGGGGUGAAUGGCCAGUUCAAUGAAGACGGUUCCUUCAUUGGACAGUACAGUGGUAAGAAGGAGAAAGAACCAGCUGAAGGAAAUGAAAGCUCAGAGGCACCUUCUCCAGUCAACGCCAUGAAUUCCUUUGUUUAACUUGGAAGCUCUUUGCCAAUACCCUGUUCCUCUAGAAUUGUUUAUUUUAAGCACUUGUUUGUCAGCCUUCUCAUACUAUAAACAUAGAGACAAGAAGCAAAUUUUCAGCUGUAUGUUAAUAUUAUGAGAACAGUUAAAACAAGAAUACAACUCAGUCAAAUGAUUUCUUAAUAGGAGCUGUAGUGCAAAAAUGCAUAGCUUUUCAUUCAAAAUAGGUAUCCUUGACUUCCUUAGAACUGAUAAAAAUGUUACAUCACCAACAGGUCAUGUUAUUUGUUCUUCAGGAUUCAGUUCUAUAGGAUGCAUGAAAAUGCUACACAUUUAAAGGACAUGUCAGUGUAUGUUAUAAAACAUGGUUUGAUACUUUGUUUAUACUAUCCUCAGCUGAACCCCUAAAUAUGAAUUCCGUUUUCAUUGUCAAGAGUGUUACUGUAGUAUUUUCUAGGACUUCAAUGUCUUUGUGGACAUUGUUGUGAAAUUGGUGACUCGAUGUCUAGCUGUUGUUAGUCUUUUUGGGAGACUGUUAGAAACAGUAUGUACAGUAUAUACUUGCUAAAGGAGUUAAUUAUGACAGUGCAUUUGCUGAUGCUUACUGGGACUCUGUUACCUGCUCUUUGCACCUGUUACUCCAUAGCCUUCGUAAUCUUCAAGGUAUUACAGCAGCACAGUGUUCUACUUUUUACACCAUCUCUAUAUUCAGUUGUUUUUAGGCAUAAACAGUGUGUAUUGCAGUGCAUUUUGGCGUGUGUGCCAUAGUGAAAUAAUUUAAAACAAAGUCAUUCAAAUUAAAUUUCAGAAAAAUUAUUCCAGAAAGCACAGAGCAAGACACAUGCAGUGCCUUCAGACAAUGAGCAUUCCAUAACAUACUGCCUUCUGUACCAGCUUGUACAGCCAACUAGGUCACUAUCAUAGUCUAAAAGUAACUUUUAGAAAGCAGGGAUUAUAAAAACUCAAUGAUGAUGAAAGGACAUGUGAAAAUAAAAUUAAUAAAAUAGCUUAUUUUAAGGAGCAUUUUACCCAUAUGUAUACAAAGAGAAGCUUUACCACCAACUGGAAUGCAUGAUGAGUUUGUGGUCUUUUAUGGUUCCUACUAAAUUAAGUUACAUUCAGUAAGAAAGAAAAUAAUUUUGAACACAAGUUAUUCUAAAAUUGAAAAUAUGUAAAAGUAUGCCAGCCUUAUGCGCAGCUUUCAAAACCCUGCAGCAUUAAAUAGUAUAUGCUCCGAACACAGUUCAGAAGCUGGGAAGUCUGACAAGUGCUAGCAAGGCCAACAGUUAAAGGGAUUAAAUCUGCAAUUAAAGAAAAAGGCAUAUAUAUUCUAUCAUAUUCAUAAACAAUAUAUCAAAUAGUUCACCUCCAAAUAUAAAAUUCUAUAACAACCUAUGGUUGAAGGAGUGCUCAGUUUCAUUUGCCAAUAAAUUGGUUUUUCAUAACUUGCAUCAAGUUUAAUUUUAAGUAAAGCCUUUUAUAUGUAGAUAUUUUGUUGAAUUUGUAAAUACACUUAAAGUGUAGAUGCUAUAUACUUAUAGGUGUUACAUACAAAUAAACAUGCAAACAAUGUUUAUGUUGUUACCGUUUAAGAAGUAAGCUAAUUAAUGCAGUGCAUGGGAUAGGAAGGCAUCUGAUUAAAUGCCUUUUGAGUUUUUCCCUAAUUUUUGCUGUGAAACUGAUAAAGUAAGCUAUUCUUCAUACUAAUAGCAGGUUUCUAGAUAAAAUCUUCAGAGACUUUCCUGUGCAGCCCAAUAGGCCUAGUCACUUGGAAUCUUUGAUUUGUGUAGGUAAAGCACUGAAGUAAUCCCAGAUAAUGAUGGCCCUUAAUACUUUCAUGGCUCCAUAUUUGCUUUUCACAGAUCAACCUUUAUAUCGGAAAUAUAAGAAUGAAAGAAGCAGGCUUGCUUUGACAUCAGAGAGCACAAAGAUAAAAAGUUACUUUAAAUUUGCCAAUGUUUUAGGGGCAGGAUAAAAGUACAGUUUUUACUCUUCCAUAAUGACAGAUGCUAUUAUCUGUGCAUGAAGGGGUCACUUCUAUAAUAGUGCAACAGAUUUUGUAUAAAAAAUUAAUGUGGUUUUAAAAGUCCUCUCUUUUGUAAUUUAUCAUGUUCCUAGUGAAGUGUCAAUGUCCAAUAAUGGUAUAUGUAAUGAUGCAGGCAGAUGUGACUGGAUUUCCAUCAAAAGUAACUAUUAAACAGUUUUGAACUCUG